GUUAUUUCUGAAUGUAGGAUGUGUGUUUAAGGUUGAAGUUUAUUAAUUUAUUUCUCUUAGAUCUGUGUUGAUUCUGUGCUGUGGUUGCCAGUUCUACAGCUCCUACACUGACAGAGUUUGAUAUAGGGUAACAAAGCUUUCUUUUUAUUAAUGUAGACAGGAUCUUUUCAGUCAAAAGAACAGAGUAAACUGAGUGCUGAGGAAUGCAUUUUAAAGAUCUCAGGGACUAAAAAUGGAGCACAUAAAAACAGGAAAUGGAUUUCAACAAAAAAGAUGAGAUGCAGAAUCUAUGUGCUGUCAAACUGAGAACAGAGCAGUGGUGUGGGGAGCACAGACGGAGACUGGAGUUGUUUUGCCAGAAAGAUGAGGCCUUUAUUUGUGUACUUUGUGUUCCCAGACAUUCCAGCCACAGUUUUGUGUUCUUGCAUGAGACAGCCACCGUGUAUAAGGACAAGCUAAAAACAGCUUUAUCAUCCCUGGAAUUAAAAGUCAAGCAUCUUAAAGAUCAGCAGAACACAAAUGAGAAGGAACUCCUGGACAUACAUGAUGAUGCUUAUAGUUUGGAAAAAUACAUCAUAGAAGAGUUUACAAAACUGCAACUGUUACUACAUGACUGGGAGCAAAAAUUACUCCAACAGCUUAAAAAUGACAAAGUGGCACUUCUGAAACAGAUAGAAGAAAACCUUGAAUGUACAAAACGUGAUGCUGUGGUCACCAAUGUGAAAGUACCCGAUGGCAGCUUGGAGUUCAGGAAGGAAAUAACACUGACUAUGGAAGAGAUGGGAGACAAUGCUGAAAACAUUAAACAUGAUGUUACUGCAACAUGUAAAGCAUUGUAUGAGAAGUCGGAGACUAUAAAACAGAAAACUGUUGAUUUUCUAACUGAAGAUGCUUAUAGUUUGGAACAAUACAUUGCGCAAGAGUUUACAAAACUGCAUGUGUUACUACAUGACUGGGAGCAAAAAGUAUUGCAACAGCUUAAAAAUAACAAAAUGGCAGUUCUGAAACAGGUGGAAGAAAACCUUGAAUGUACAAAACAUGAUGCUGUGGUCACCAAUGUGAAAGUACCCAAUGGCAGCUUGGAGUUCAGGAAGGAAAUAACAAUGACUCUGGAAGAGAUGAAAGAAAAUGCUGAAAACAUUAAAAAUGAUGUUCCUGCAAAAUGUAAAGCAUUGUAUGAUAAGCCAGAGACUAUAAAACAGGAAACUGUUGGUUUUCUAACUAUUCCAGAAACCUUUGAGGAUGUUGCUGUCACUUUCUCAGAAGAAGAGUGGAAGAUGUUAAGAAAACAAGACAAGGAGCUUCACAGAGAAGUGAUGGUGCAGAACUAUGAAACACUGAUUUCAGUAGGGUACAAAAUCCCUCCUGAUAAAUUGUUGUUGCUGCUUAAAGAUGAUCAUAAUAAGCUGUUAAAUGAUGACGUAGAGGGUAACGACACAGAACAGAAGGUGAAUCCUGAAGAUAAGCUCAACAGUUUCAGGAACAGAGACCGCAGUGUGUUUUGCAGUCAGAAGCCAUCACUUGGGACAUCCCAUCCUCAAGAGAACCUACAGCAGUCUGAUGAGCCUGGGAAGGAUUGCAAGAAACUUCAUCUUUCUCCUGGUUUGCAGCAUCACUUAGGUCAUAACUGGAUCAAGAGCUCUGAAUGUGACAGUGCAACACCCUCAUUGCAUCACUCUAGACAGAAAUCACAGCAGGGUGCUCAGCCUGUGAACAGGUACAACAGGGUUCAUCUAACUACUGCCCCAGAGUUUCAUUUAGGAUGUAACUGCAGCAGCAGCCCUAAGGGUAACUGUGAACCCUCCUCUAUACAGCAUUGUGGUCAGCAUGUGUUGAAAACUGACAGACUUCUUCCCCCAGUUGUACCACAGCACCAGUCUGGACAUAAUUGCAGCAAGAGGUCUGAAUGCUACACAUGUCUUAGUAAAAAGAAAAGUGCAGUAAUUUAUCAGACGUGUCACAAGGGAGAGACGUCAUAUCAAUGCACUGAAUGCAAUAAGCAGUUUAUGUGUCAAAGUCAUCUGAAGCACCAUCAUCAGCCCAUCCACACAGUAGAUACUCAUACAUGGGGAAAAACAUGUAAAUGUCCAAAAUGCAGUAAGUGUUUUACACAUAAAUAUCUACGCAGAAUCCAUCAAAAAGUUCACACGGGUGCAAAGCCAUAUAAAUGUGCUGAAUGUACUAAGUGCUUUGCAUUGAAAAAGAACCUUAUAGCCCAUCAACAAAUUCAUACAGGUAUGAAACCGUAUAAAUGUAAUGAAUGUAGUAAGUGUUUUGCAAGGAAAAAGAGCCUUAUAGCCCAUCAACAAAUUCACACGGGUAUGAAACCGUAUAAAUGUGAUGAAUGUAGUAAGUGUUUUCCGUAUAAAAUGUCCCUCGAUAGACAUAAACUAGUUCACAGUGGGGAAAAACCGUAUAAAUGUGCUGAAUGUAGUAAGGGUUUUACCCAGAAACAAACCCUUAUAACCCAUCAAAAAAUUCACACAGGGGAAAAACCGUAUAAAUGUGCUGAAUGUAGUAAGUGUUUUGCAUGGAAACAGAGCCUAGUAGUCCAUCAAGAAGUUCACACAAGGGAGAAAUCGUAUGAAUGUGCUGAUUGUAGUAAGUGUUUUCUGUGGAAACACCACCUUAUAAGUCAUCAACGAAUUCACACAGGGGAGAACCUUUAUAAAUGUGAUGAAUGUAGCAAGUGUUUUACAUAUAAAAAGUCCCUCGUUAGACAUAAACUAGUUCACACUGGGGAAAAACCAUAUAAAUGUGCUGAAUGUAGUAAGGAUUUUACCCGGAAACAGACCCUUAUAACCCAUCAAAAAAUUCACACAGGGGAGAAACCGUAUAAAUGUGCUGAAUGUAGUAAGUGUUUUGCAUGGAAACAGAGCCUUGUAGUCCAUCAAGAAAUUCACAUGGGUAUGAAACCAUAUAAAUGUGAUGAAUGCAGUAAGUGUUUUGUGUGGAAACACAACCUUAUAAGUCAUCAACGAAUUCACACAGGGGAGAACCUUUAUAAAUGUACUGAAUGUAAUAAGGGUUUUGCAUGGAAAAGUAACCUUAGAACUCAUCAACAAAUUCACACAAGAGAGAAACCAUAGUGGAAAACUGUAAAAAGGGGAGGAAUUUAAGUAUGGCAUGGACCGACUACAACAAAAAAGUACAGAAUAAGCAAUUUAUUAUUGACCCAAAAAAGUUUUCUAGAGAACUGGGAAGUAAGGUAAAAGGAACUGAAAG